CCGGCCCACACCAAAACCCUAACAAUGAACCCCUCGCUCUCCCCGAUCGAUUGAUUCAUUACUCGUACCCCUCCUCUUCGUGCUCUCCUCUCCACUCCGUUCUCCGACCUACGGAGCUUUCGCUCGAUGUAGGAUCGGUAGGACUACGUUUGGAGAAUUGUUGUUCAUGAUUUAUAGACUUUCCGUCCUCCUGAUUUAAGAAGAAUUUUGAUUUAUGGAUCACAGUUCAGACGGAGAAUCUGACAUUAGUGAGUCAGAAAUUAACGAGCAUAUCGAGAAAUAUUACUCACGAUUAAAGGCCGGGAAGUAUAAAAUAAGAAAUACUGAGAGGACAUAUAAAUGUCCUUUCUGUGUGGGGAAAAAGAAGCAAGACUAUAACUUGAAAGAUCUGCUCCAGCAUGCUUCUGGAAUCGGAGCUUCUAACAGGAAGGGCAAACUAAAGGCAACCCACCGGGCUCUCGAAAAAUACAUACGAAAUGAUGUCUCUGAAACUUCUGGGAAAUUAGUGCGAUCAGCAAUCAUAGAGCCGCCACAACCACAUUCUUCCAAAAACAGAGAUGAGCAGUUUGUGUGGCCCUGGAUGGGCAUUCUUGUAAAUGUGCCAAGGGACUUUAAGGAUGGUCGGUAUGUCGGUGAGAGCGGAAAUAGGCUAAAGGAGCAGCUAUCCCGCUUCAACCCGUUAAAAGUCCAUGCAUUGUGGAACUAUAAAGGCCACACUGGGAAUGCCGUUGUCGAUUUCUCUAAGGAUUGGUCUGGAUUUAGAGACUCAAUGGCCUUUGAAAAUCAUUUUGAGUCGGAGCACUUUGGUAAGACGGACUAUUUAGAAAGGAAGCACAAGGGGACGGAUUUAUUUGGAUGGGUGGCGCGUGCUGAGGAUUACAAUUCUCCUGGCCCAAUAGGGGAGCAUUUAAGGAAAAAUGGAGACCUAAAAACUAUCAACGAUCUGUCCAGUGAAGAGUCGCGGAAGACUGACAGCCUUGUUAGAAAUUUAGCUAGUGAGAUCGAGGGGAAGAAUCGACAUUUGCAAGAGCUGGAAAGUAAAUACAACGAGACCAACAUGGCCCUUGAUACAAUGAUGGAGCAGAGGGACCAGCUCUUUCAUGCUUAUAAUGAAGAGAUCCGAAAGAUGCAGAAUCUUGCUCGUGAUCAUUCACGUAGAAUAUUUGAGGAAAAUGAGAAGCUGCGAACCGAACUGGAUUCUAAAAAGAAAGAACUAGAUUUAAGGCGUGAACAACUGGAGAAGCUGGCUGCUCAAAAUGACGUUGACAAAAGAAAGCUUGAACAAGAGAAGCAGAAGAAUGCAAUGAAGAACAGCUCGCUUCAGUUGGCAACCAUAGAGCAGCAGAAGUCUGAUGAAAGUGUGUUGAGGCUCGUGGAAGAACAGAAGAGAGAGAAAGAGGCUGCUCUGAAGAAGAUACUUCAGUUGGAAAAGCAGCUGGAUGCAAAACAGAAGCUUGAGCUGGAAAUACAGCAGCUGAAGGGGAAGCUGGAGGUGAUGAAGCAUAUGGGAGGGGAGGAAGAUUCUGCUGUGAAGAAGAAAAUUGAUGAGAUGAGUGAGCAGCUUAAAGACAAAAUUGAGGAAAUGGAAGAUAUGGAAGCUCUCAACCAAACACUUGUCAUCAAAGAGCGCAAGAGCAAUGAUGAGCUACAGGAAGCUCGGAAAGAGCUGAUAAUGGGCUUGUCUGAGAUGUUGAGUGGUACAAACCGCUCAAUAAUUGUAAUUAAGAGAAUGGGCGAGCUCGAUGAAAAGGUCUUUCAAAAUGCGUGUAGGCUGAAAUUCCCGAAGGAGGAGGCAGAUGUUAAUUCUGCAAUUUUGUGCUCGAAAUGGCAAGAUGAGCUCAGAAAUCCAGAAUGGUUUCCUUUCAAAGUAGUUAUGGUGGAUGGAAAAGAAAAGGAAGUUUUAAUGGAGGAUGAUGAGAAGCUGCAGAGAUUGAAGGAAGAGCUCGGUGUUGAGGUUUACAAGGCAGUGACUACGGCCUUGCUGGAGAUGAAUGAAUACAAUCCCAGCGGCAGAUACGUCGUUCCUGAGUUCUGGAACACCAGAGAAGGCAGGAAAGCAACACUGAAGGAAGUCAUACAGUAUGUGCUGAAGCAGUGGAAGUUGCAUAAGAGAAAGCGUGGAAUGUAGGCUUUAUUUAAUGAUUUAUGCUUAAUGUUGUGAAACCCGUUGUAGGGUAUAAGAAACGCCAUUGGCUAGUUUAAAACUAGUAGAAACACAAAACAUGGUUCUCUAACUCUAGGACACUGAUUUCAUAGUGCGCCUACUUGGGAACACACUUUCUAUCUGAAAUCUCUUGGAUCUUCUGAAGUUCUCUUCAUUU